UGAUGAAUAUUUGAAUCCCCAAUUUGGGGUCUUGGAGAGUUGCGAAAAAGAAUAUCAAAACCAUAAACGGCGCGGAAUACCCCACGCAACGUUAGGGUUUUUGACAUUUAAUUCCGUUAAAACUUCACCUCAUACUUCUUUAAACCCACACUAAUCUUCAACCUUUAACUCAACUCUGCAAUUUUCUUUCAUUAACACCUUAAGCUUUACUAUCAACUCCAGAAUCUUUCUCUCUUUCAAUAAGCAACAAUGCAAGCUGCUUGUGUAGCAGAAACUGCAGCAAUAAUGGGUUCAAUUCAACACCCAUCUUACACCCCCAAAAUUUCCCCUUCUCAAUUUCCUCAUAAAUUGUCCAACAAUCUCAAUUUUAUUAAUCAUUUCUCCAAACCCUCUAGAUUUAAUUUUGUUUCCAAUAGUUUGGUUACUGGCAGACCACCCUCUUCUGUCUCUGUUCCAGCUCCUGAUAUUCCAGAUGAUGGAAGCAUCUUCAAAGAUAUUGAGCUGACUCAUGCUGAUCCAGAAGUAUAUGGGAUCAUUGGCAAGGAGAAGGAUAGGCAAUAUAAAAGUCUGGAACUUAUUGCAUCAGAAAAUUUUACAUCUAGAGCUGUCAUGGAGGCUGUUGGUUCUUGUCUCACUAACAAAUAUUCUGAAGGAUUACCGGGUAAAAGGUAUUACGGUGGCAAUGAAUAUAUUGAUGAGCUGGAAACCCUAUGUCAACAGAGGGCUUUAGAAGCAUUUCACUUAGAUGGAGAGAAGUGGGGUGUGAAUGUUCAACCAUUAUCUGGUUCUCCUGCUAACUUUGAGGUUUACACUGCACUUUUAAAUCCACAUGACCGUAUCAUGGGUUUAGAUUUACCUCAUGGAGGACAUUUAUCUCAUGGUUUCAUGACUCCUAAAAGACGAGUAUCAGGCACAUCAAUUUAUUUCGAAUCUAUGCCUUAUCGGCUUGAUGAAUCUACAGGUCUGGUUGAUUACAACAUGCUUGAGAAAACUGCGACUCUGUUUCGCCCAAAACUCAUAAUUGCUGGUGCCAGUGCGUAUCCUCGAGAUUUUGAUUAUCCUCGUAUGAGGAAGAUUGCAGAUGCUGUUGGUGCUUUUCUUAUGAUGGAUAUGGCACAUAUAAGUGGGCUUGUCGCUGCCUCUGUGGUUGGAAACCCAUUUGAAUACUGUGAUGUAGUGACAACUACAACCCACAAGUCACUACGAGGUCCUAGAGGUGGAAUGAUCUUUUACAAGAAGGAUACGGUGUUGGGAGUUGAUAUGGAAACUGCCAUCAAUAAUGCCGUCUUUCCUGGCCUACAGGGUGGCCCUCAUAACCACACCAUAGGAGGACUAGCAGUUUGCCUGAAGCAUGCACAGUCUCCGGAGUUUAAAACAUACCAAAAUAAUGUGGUCUCAAACUGUAGAGCUCUUGCAAGCCGAUUGGCUGAAUUGGGAUACAAGCUUGUCUCUGGUGGGAGCGAUAACCACCUUGUUCUAGUGGAUCUAAGGCCAUUGGGAAUUGAUGGUGCUCGGGUUGAGAAAAUCCUUGACUUGGCUUCUAUCACACUAAAUAAGAACUCUGUUCCUGGUGAUAAGAGUGCCCUAGUACCUGGUGGUAUACGUAUUGGGUCACCUGCCAUGACAACCAGAGGGUUCAAAGAGAGUGACUUUGUUGCAACAGCGGACUUUAUUCACGAGGGCGUCCAAAUAACUCUUGAAGCAAACAAGCUGAUCCCCAAGACAAAGCUUCAAGAAUUUUUAAAAUUUGUGGCAUCUCCUGAUUUCCCAUUAAGAGAUCGUAUUUCAGACCUUCAGAGAAGAGUUGAAGUUCUGACCACCCAGUUCCCAUUGCCUGGGUUGUGAGGCAAGCGGUGCUUUACGACCUACUUACGAGGAGUAGCUUAUAUGGUUAUACCCAUAUGAUCCACAGUCAGUUAGAAAAAAGUUGAUUCUUGUGGUGAUUCGUAUGAUCGGUGGUUGUAUCCAUCUGAUGCUGAAUAACGUGGACCUCUUGAAAGUGUUUCUAUGCAACAUUAUGAUGUUUCGACCCAGAACACACUGCUUGUAUUGUACUAACCCAAGGAGGGUUGUAUUUAUAAAUUUUGCCUCUCUUUUUA